AAAAACACUGUUAAAGAAAGCGGAGGUGUGAAGGAAUGGAGUGGACAGCUUCUUCUUAAAAGGUGGUUGUAACUUAUGGGACCUGCCCUUAGUACAUACUGGUCAGGGCAGAACGAUGGCCUCCCAGCCCACUAUCACGACUACUAUAGAGCUCCCCACUAGCAUUUUCGACUUGGACUACUCAUCCUGGGAGCUGCGACUGCAGGUCAUCGGCCUGGGCUUCCUCUUCUACAGCCUCUUCUUCCUCAUCUGUCACAUACUCUCCGCAAUACUCUGCCUCACCUACCAUGCUCUCCCUGCUAGAGAAAAAGUGUUCUGGGACCUAGCAGCCACACGGGCGCUCUUUGGCGUUCAGAGCACGGUGGCUGGUCUGCAGGCGCUCACUGAGGACGGCGCUUUGUUUGCUGAUAAGGUGAACGGUCAGACAGGUUGGUCUUGGUUUAAUGUGUUGACAGCAGUGGGCUUCUUCCUGUUUGAGAAUGUGGCGCUGCACGGCUCUAGCUUGGUCUUCCGCUCCUUUGACCUGCCGCUGGCCGUCCACCAUGCCUUUGCACUAGCUGGAUUCGCUGGGGCUGUGCUGUGGAACACUGUGGGUCACUUCCUGCCCAUGGUUACCCUACUGCUGGAGAUGAGCACACCCUUCACCUGCAUCUCCUGGAUGCUACUGAAGGCUGGAUGGUCUCAGACUCUGUUCUGGAAGGCUAACCAGUGGCUCAUGAUCCACAUGUUCCACUGCCGGAUGGUGCUGACCUACUAUAUGUGGUGGGUGAGCUGGAGCCACUGGACUGAACUGAGCAUUCACGUGCCUCUGCCUCAGCGGCUGGUCUUCUUCACCGGCCUCGCCCUCCUCACCGUUCUCAUUAACCCCAUAUGGACGCACAAGAAGACCAUGCAGCUGCUCAACCCGGUGGACUGGAACUUCAGCAACAAGCCUGCACGUGAGAACGGUCCCAAAGGAGAGAAAGCCCACACCAGCUGAUCUGUACAAAGAGCUGUUGUGUUGAGUCCUUUGCUAAAGACUCUCAGAUGUGGCUGAUUGGUUGAAGGGUGAUGGGACAGUUGGGACAGUUUAGUACUAAAAAAAUUGGACUUGCUGACUUAUUUCAAGGUGGCUAUGGUUGGAGAUUUAGUUUUUGGUGCUGCUACUUGAUAGCAAAAGAUUGUUAUUUUCUUGCUAUUUUGGUAGCGGUAUGAUAAUGACGUAUUUAAAUGGAAUAGUUUGGUAAAAAAAAUCACGUUUACAGUUCCCUCCUCCAUCCCAAAUUUCAUUGAUCAUCCAAGACAUGUCUGGUAUCUGAAGUUUACCUCUUCAGUUUUGAAAAGCUAGUGUACUUAACAUGACAAUGUCCCUUCGGGAUCAAUAAAGUUCUAUCUAUUUAUCUAACAAACAAUGUAAGCUUCUACCUCAUUAAUUAGCAUAGACAACAGGACGACAUGUAGUAGGUACAUUGAAACUAAAGAUGCAAACUUCAGACACCAAACAUAUUUUGGCUGAUCGACUACAUUUGGGUUGAGGGGGAAAUUGUGUAGAUUUGAUUUUUGGCCAAAUCUUUCCUUUAACAAGCUGCUCAUUUUAUUGAUUGCCUGCUAGGCUGCCAUGUCAAAACCACUCAGCUCAGUGUUGGCAGGUACUCUUCUCAUCUGUUUAUUAUUUAAUUUCACAUUUAAAUUAACAUUUCUUCUCAAGUUCUCAGUUCUUUGACUUAUGCUACACUCCUAAAAAAUAAGAUG